UUGCUGAUUUCGUCGUUUAGAGUUACUUUGGAUUUCUAUGAAUAGUGAUAAAAUUUACUCUUUCUUUUUUGAAUCAAUUAAACAAGUUUAUCGUUUGACACAGACAUUAAUGAUUUAAUGUUCACAGAGUUACAAGUCUAGGUAAAAAAAUAGUAUCUAAAGCAUUGAAAUGGCAUCGUAAUCUUUAAUGCAAUUUCACUUUAUCGCUGUUUCACUUAUAACAGCAGAUACGAUAAAAUGUUACGGAGUUGAGGAUAAAAGACUUAAUGGAAGCUGGAAACAACCGGUAACAUACUGCUUUACGAUGUAUACUUUAAAAGGAUUUGAGUUAAAACUUUUAUUCAUGAAGUAAUUUCUACUGCGCUGAAAUGUUGGUUUAAAACGGCAUGGUUGACGUCAGAUUAUGGUGUCCACAGUUUCCUUUUUUCCAAUAAUGAACAGGAAAUAGUGUCUCGGGUUUAGUCAGAAAAUAAAGCUAAAUUUUAUUAUAAUGUAGUUAGUAGGUAAUGUCAUGAAUUAAAUGACGUAAGAUAUUUUCAGACUUCUCGAAAACUUAGAGGUAGGUGUUUCAAGUUAAAGCUGAGUUGCACCAAGAAACAGGUUGGCAGAUAUUACAGAGACUAUGGUCUCUGUUUAGGAGCUUAAAUGUUAGUUACUACCUACGUGAUGAAAAUUCAUUGAACAUUGGAGUUUUCAUUAAUUAAAUUAAAUAGAGUGCUUUCUCUCUGUGCAUUUGUAUUACUUCUUAUCAAUCUGGGUUUUAUAGUAAGCAUAGUUAUAAUGGAAGUUGAUGUGAAGGAAAAUAUUUGCUUAAUCUUAUUGAAUUUCUGACAAAAGUUUUGUUCCAUGCUAUUGUUCCUAUACAGACUGUACCUCUUCAGAUAUAUUCCAAUGAUUAUCAACUUUGUUAUGGUCAUUGUGAUAAUGAGACCCACUAAUCUCAUUAUUGUCUAUCUCGAUAUCCAUCUGUAUAAAUUCCUAGAAGUUUUUAAUUUGAUGUGUUCGAAAAAUAACAAUCUAAUUAUAACUUUUGAGAUAUGCAAAAUCUUUUAUAAUCAUCAAUUUUUAAAUCGAUUUCACAAGAAAUUGAUAAUUUAAAAAAAUUUUCACAAUCUUUUAAUCAAAAAAUUAUUUUUCAUGACCUUUGAUUAGCAAACUUAGUCACGUCUUAUCUUUAAUCCUGUAUGAAUUAUUAUGCAUCUGUAACGUCACUUGAACGAUAAACUAAUAAAAUCGAAUUGAAAUCGAAACGAACCGAAUAAAUAAUCAAUUUUAACACAAUUCCCUGAUCUAGAAAGUAACAAUUCAACGUUGAGGCAAUCUAAUCUUGAAAUGAAAAUGUGUACAUACAUACAUAUUAUAAUGUUAUAUCGCAAAAACAAUGGCCUUAUCAGAUCGUUUUAUAUUAUAUUUUUAGAGAUAACGAAAAACCUGUGACGAUGGAGAAAACCUUCAGUAUUCGUCGCGUUUUUAACUAAACGUGAGUCCGACCAAAAAAAUGUUAAAUAAUACUCAAAUUAAUAGUGAUUCAAAUAGUAAUAAUAGAAAAAAUAAAAAUACUAAGCGUACUCCUUUAAACGUUGAUAAUUCGAAUGAUAAAUUUUCUAAAAAGUUUAGGUUGAGUUUUCGGGGUAGUAAAAAGGAGAAAAAAGAUGGUAAAGAUAUUAUUGUUAAAAAUAAUACUAGUAAUAAAAGUGUACAAUGUGAUAUUCGUCGAAGUAGUAAUAGCGAAAAUAAAGUAACAAGAGACAAUAAAAUCAUAAAUGUCGAGAAGAAAGAUAAAGUGAAAAGUGAGCAACUUUCGGACGAUGAAAAAGUGAAAACCAACGAUGACAACAACGUUAGCAUCAUAAUAGUGCGAGAUAUACUCGAAAAUUUAGUUGAAGACAUGUGGAAAAGUGACAAAAAAAUAGAUGUUAAACUAAGAAGCAAUAAAAAUUUGGAUAAAACAAAAAUAAUUAAUCAUCGAAGAACGUCGAUAACGGAUUUACCUGAAUCGGCUAUAAAAGAAACAACCACUAAAAUAGAAGAGCUACAAGAUUACAAGCCGGAUAUGGGUCGAAGGGAUUCUUUGUAUUCCGUCGAAGAAUACGACGAAAAUUUAGACGAAAAUGAAAAUAAACUACGAAUCGAAGCCAUCAAUCCUUUAGUAAAAUCACCAAAACAAUUAAAAAAGAAAAAUUCCUUUUUUAAUUCGUUAUUCAGAAAAAAACCGGACGCACAAAAAAAAGAUAACAACCAAAAUCAACAUGGCUUAAGACGAUACUCAUCGUCUUUAGAAUUAUCCACAUCGAAUCAACUUCGCGAUAAAACUUUAGAUCGAUCUAUAAAACGAAAAUUAUCGAAAAUUAUUAAAGAAGAUACUCCAGCGUUGAUUAAACGAUCAUUUAGCGUUAGAGAUGUUAACAAUAAACGCAAAGAAACUAAUUUGAAUGAAAUGCAAUGGAAACAAUCAUUACAAAGUCUCGUCGAAAAUGAUAAUACCGUUAGUUAUGAUGAUAUGAGCUUUAUUAAUUACGAUACUUUAAAUGCUGUUAAUUAUGAUGAUGAGAAUAGAUUUGCAAUACGUAAUUUACAUCGGACACAAAGCUUAAUCGUGCAUGGUUCACCAGCGAAUUAUCGACCUUCUUCUAUAAGAGGAGCAUCCGUUCCGAGACACUACUUAUCAAAUACAGAUAUCACCGAGCAAAACGAAGCUCAAUCUCUUCCUUCAUUAAACAAGACCAUUGAGGAAAAUGAGGAAGAAAUCAACUUGCAAGUUCCCCAAUCGUUACCUAGAUUUAAUCGUCGUCCACAAAGUCUGGUUCUCUAUCCGGAAGACGGAAAGCUUCGGACUCAAACGACCGGAAGUUUUCGAUCGGCGAGCAACGGCUGUGCCAAAUUGAAAAGGACAAACGCUUGCAGGCAAAAGUCCAGGAAUUCAGUCAGCUCAAUAGACGAGGAAAUUCGAUACGCCAAUGGAAACUCGGUUCGUUCAAGAAGUUUAAAUCACUUAGACACGUUAGAAAUGAGGUAUGGUGCACCGACAUCCCCCGAUACAACGGCAUUAAAAGAUUCAAGAUCCGAACCGGAUUGUACAAAACCUUUAUUGAUUCCACCUGAAACGAAUGUAGAAGCUCCAACAUCACCAAAUGAAAUCCAAACGUCCAAACGUCACGUUCUUAGCAGAUCACAAAAAUCGAGCAGUGAAUGUUUUAGUGUUAAUUUCGAGGUUGGAGAUGAAUCUACGUGGGAUAACGAAUUAUUCUUUCCGGCAACACGUGGAACCACUUUACAUGAUUCAUUAACAAAACUUUGCGAAAUACGAAAUAUAGAUUUAUCAAAUUGCGAUGUAUGGCUUCAAGACAAAGAAAAUAACACAAAUACGUUAUUACAUUUCUCGCAAGAUACAGCAAGUCUCGUUGGACGUCACAUUAGGAUUACCGCAAAAGAGACGGGAACGAAGGCCCCAGUAAGGAAAUAUUCAGGGAGUACGCGACAGAAAUCGGGUAGUUUUUUUGGUUCAAGUACCGAAGACAAUACGUGGACUUCACACGAAUCCAGACUUUCGUUUCAAGAUACGGACGGAAAUAAAAAACAAGGAAAACAACGAUGGUCGGGACUCUUUGGUUACAGCAAGGAUACGAAAAUGGAAGCUUUAGUUGAACAUCUAAAUAGUUAUACAAAGCACGGAGUUCCUACAUCACAGAUUUACCCCCAAGGACAGUGUGAAUCCCUCGAUGCUCUCUACAAACUGGAAUUAGACUGGAGGGAGCUUAUAGACUAUAAAGAAUUAACCGAGAGACAACAACAACAGCAAACAGCACUUUGGGAAUUGAUUAAAACCGAAGUGGCCUACAUCAAAACAUUAAAAGUAGUCACUGAGUUGUUUCUCGCCUGUUUGAAGAAUUUACAAUUAACCAACCUCCUAAAGGAAAUUGAUACAGAAAAGUUAUUUUCAAACAUCACCGAAAUUUUGGAUACCAACGUUCAAUUUUGGAGGAAUAGUUUAUUUCCGAUGGUUAAAACGAUGAGGCAAUACAAACAACCACCUUGUAUAGAAAUGAUGGCGCAAGGAUUUUUGGGAAUGAAAGAUUCUUUUCAGGCCUAUUAUCAAUAUUGUGCGGAACAAGCGCGGUGUCAACAUUAUUGCAGGGAAAAUCAUGCUCAUAAUGAGUUGUUUACGGCUUAUUUAGCUUGGUGUGAAACACAAAAGGAAUGCAAUAGGUUGAGAUUAAUGGACAUUCUCGUUCAACCGAUGCAAAGACUUACUAAAUACGGUUUACUGUUAAAAGCCAUCCUGAAAAACACCGACGAAGAAGUUGAAAAGGAUACUUUAUACCUUAUGAUCAGAUCUGUUGAUGAUUUCGUAAAUAAAGUUAAUUCAAGUUUAAAGCAAAAACAAGACAACGAAAGACUUCGAGGACUUAUUGUUAGAAUAGAAAGUUAUGAAAUUGUUGAAUCAAAAGAUGACGAUUUAGAACGUAUUUUAAAAAAAAGUUAUGUCCCAUUAGAUUUAACACGCCCAAUGUUGAAUUGUCCUGUGGAUAGAAGAAGACAUCUUUUAUUAGAGGGAGAUUUAAAAUUAAAAGAUAGCAACACUUCAAAAAUGGAAGUUCAUUGCUUCCUUUUGACAGAUAUGCUCUUAGUUUGCAAACCUUCAACUAAACGGGGAGGAUCCAUGAUGCGGGUCAUCAGGCAACCUUAUCUUGUCGAUAGACUUGUAGUUCAUGAAUUGAACAAAGAAACCCCGUCUUUGGCUCUAAUUUAUAAAAACGAAUUUGAUAUGGCCAUUGCUGGAUUUAUUUUGCAGAAUAAUGACGCUAGAAAACUUAAGAGUUGGAAAGACGGCAUUGCAAAAGCACAAAGUCUUUAUUCUCAAGCGAAACAAGUCUCUCAUUACGAUGACAUCGAUCCAGAAUAUUCUUUCACCGAAUCACUUGAAAGUGAUUUUCACAAUUUCCAAUUAGCGCCAAAAUCACCUUUGGCAUCGUCUUCAAGGGCUAGUCGAGUUUCCAGUUUAGCACACAGCCACAGUGGAUCUGUUGAAAUGAAUGAUCAAUCCUCUAUCGGUUCAGGGAAAGAUCCUUCUCGGGCCGUGUCCGUUGAAAAUGAAAAUCGAACGGCUUCGAUAUCAAGCGAUGAAGGCGUACAACCUUUGCCACCCGAUCGAAGCCCUGUUUCUCAAAAGAACUCCUUCAAACAACGUCUUUUUAAUAAAACCCCCAACACACUUUCGGUGCAACCAUACACAAACCUUGGUCAAAGUUUGCCCAAUUUAACACUCGGUUCACCGAAUGUUGGUACAUUGAGUUUGAAUUUUAAUCAAAAUACUUUGAGCGUUCCGAAUGCGAAGAAUCCCGCCGGUGGAAGUAGUACUCAUUUGUUAAGUCCAACUCAUCGGGGAAUUUCUUAUCCACCUCCAUCACCGACGAGAGGAAAUUUAAGACGCGGUUUGGCGAUUUCGCAAAGUAAGAAUCCACCGUUGCAGAAAACGAGACAUGUUAGUUCUCAGGCUAGUACUACUUCGUGUGGACAAGUACCUAGUAGUUUUGAUUUUGAUGUACCAGUUAUUGCAGGAAUUUCUGACCACUGCGAAAGUUUUAGCAGAGGCCAAUUACGACAAGCAAUGGUAAAACGCGGCCAUAGAACCGAAAAUAAACGAUACCACACCGCCGGCACGGUAGAUGAUAUCAAGCGUUUCGACAAUAGGGACCCAAGUAUCCAUAAACGUUUAUCAUGGAAUUAUGGGAGUCAAUCCGUUCCAAGGCCGCAUGAAGAAGAAGAAGAAACCUAGCAUAAUAACGUGGGGUCAUUAAUUCUACUCUACGUGGUGUAUUUUUCGAUUACCGCUCUAUUAGAAUACUUAAACUAGUUAGACUGAAAAUAAAACGUAACAAAACUUAAAAAUUAAAUAAAAUAGCACGUAGCUUGUUAUUAUUUUUAAUCGACCUCAGGUUAACGAACAUAAUAUAAUUCAACAAAAAAAUACUAGAAACUCAUACUUGUCAAUAAAUGAAAACAAUAAUAUUAAUUGUAUAUUAAAAAUUUUGAUGAAUUUGUGAAGUUUUUUGAAAUCAAGUGGACCAAAAUUCCACGUGAAUAAUAAUGAUAUUAAAAGGAUAAUAUUUAAAUAAUAACGAUUAUUAAAGUAGGUGAAAACAUUCCCAAAAAUUGUGUAAUAAUUACUUUUUUAGAGGAUAGUUUAAGAUUAUUAAAAAGAAACAUUCCCUUUUUUGAUGUAUUUGAAAGGGAUUAAAGAGGUUGGUAGGUAAGAAAAUUCUUACUUAAAAUCGAAAAAAAACUAUUUGGCCUAAUUGUGUAAUAAUUAUUGUAGAAGAUCUAUGAAUCAAAACAAAAAAAGAAAAGUAAAUUUUUUAUAUAAAUAAGAUUGUAUUAAAAUACCCACUUUAAAGUACUAGUGAAUAUAAAAAUGAAACGAAGUAACUCAUAAAAUACCGAUACUAUUAAUAUAUUAAGUAUAUAUUUAUUUUUCAUUUACAGAGUUUUUUUUAUUUAUUUUUGUUAGUUAGACG